GUGAAAAUUUUCGUACUGGUUUUCUUGGCACUAACCGAGACGAAUGACAACGCUAAACGACUAUAUGAUGACCUGAUGAGAAACAGUGGAUACAACAAACUUAUCAGACCCGUCGGAAAUACGUCAGACAAACUUACUGUCAAACUGGGAAUGCGUCUGUCGCAGCUAAUAGAUAUGGAUGAGAAGAACCAAGUGAUGACUACCAACGUUUGGCUAAGACAGGAAUGGUGUGACAGAAAGCUCAAGUGGACUCCAGAUGAAUACGGUGGAGUAGACAAGCUAUACGUUCCAUCUGAUCAAAUCUGGCUUCCUGAUAUAGUGCUGUACAACAAUGCAGAUGGAAAUUACGAGGUGACUCUAAUGACUAAAGCGACACUUCACUACAACGGUAAGGUCGUUUGGGAGCCGCCAGCUAUAUACAAAAGUUCGUGUCCCAUUGACGUGGAAUUUUUCCCCUUUGACAUCCAAAACUGCAAAUUGAAAUUUGGAACGUGGACGUACGACGGCGACCAGGUGGACCUCGUCCAUAUCUGUGCACAGGGCAACGAACCCAACGUUGUCGUGGAAAGUGGGGUUGAUCUCAGAGACUUCUACCCGAGCGUGGAAUGGGAUAUUUUGGAAGUGUCGGCGAUUAAGAACACUCGUAAGUACCCGUGUUGCACGGAGCCGUAUCCAGACAUCACGUUCGAGGUGACGAUGCGCAGACGAACUCUGUUCCACACGGUGAACCUGAUCAUCCCGUGCGUGGCGAUCUCUUUCCUGACAGUCCUCGUCUUCUACCUCCCGUCAGACUCCGGCGAGAAGACGACGCUCUGUAUAUCCAUCCUCCUCACUCUCACCGUCUUCUUCCUUCUGUUGGCGGAAAUAAUCCCUCCCACAUCCAUAGUGGUCCCACUGAUCGGAAAGUAUCUUCUGUUUACAUUGAUUCUCGUGACUCUCUCGAUCAUCGUGACUGUAAUAGUUCUAAAUGUCCACUUUCGUUCACCUUCAACACACAGCAUGGCGCCCUGGGUGAGAAGAGUGUUCCUAAACAUCCUCCCAAAACUGUUGCUGAUGCGAAGACCUCACCAUGAGUACGACUGCACGUCCAAAGGUAUGGUAAAGUCAUGUAAUGGCCUUGAACUUCAAAAUGCUCCUCAUGACCCGAGACGCGUUGGAAGGAACAAUGUUCUGGAAAUAGCGCCUACACACUAUCACAGGACUCUGCAGGAGGAGCUGCUAGUGGUGCAGCGUGAACUCUCUCCUACGAAACGCAGCAGAUUCUAUUCUAAAGAGGUGGAAGAUGCUCUGGAAGCUGUCAGUUUUAUAGCACAACACAUGAAACUUGAAGAUCACACAUCAGCCAUUGAAGAGGACUGGAAGUACGUGGCCAUGGUGUUAGACCGCAUGUUUCUGUGGAUCUUCACCACAGCGUGCGUGGUGGGCACGUUCGGGAUCAUCCUCCAGGCGCCCUCGCUCUAUGACCAACGAGAACCUCUGACGUCAUCAGACUUCGCUGACAGCUGCUAUCAGGCGUACACGUCUAGAUGA